GCGGGCAGCAGCGGGGUCCCUGAACGCACCAUGGCUGUGGCGUUGCGGAGCUGGGUCGCCAACGAGGGAGGGAAGCACUUGGUCCUGAUGCUGUGGCUGGGAGCCAACACCUGGCUCUUUCUGCGCACCUACCUGCUGUACUCCACAGGACAGCAGUACCACUACCUCUACAACAUGCUCGGGCUCGGACUGUGCGUCAGCAGAGCGUCCGCCUCGGUGCUGAACCUGAACUGCAGUUUGGUGCUGCUGCCCAUGUGCCGCUCUCUGCUCACCUUCAUACGAGGCACACACAUGGUAUCAUCCAAAAAGACACGCAGACUGCUGGACAAGAGCAAGACCUUUCAUAUUGCGUGCGGCGUCGCUGUCUGCCUCUUCUCUGUCGUGCACGUUUCGGCCCACCUGGUGAACGUCAUCAACUUCAGCUCGAGCUACUCCGAUGACUUUCCUGCUCUCAACUUGGCUCGCUACCGAGGAGAGGACCCCAAACGGAUCAUUUUGACCACAAUUCCAGGAGUCACUGGAGUCCUGCUGGUUCUGAUUCUCCUCCUAAUGUUCAUAUCCUCCUCCCACUGCAUUCGAGUGACUAACUAUGAGAUCUUCUGGUACACACACAACCUCUUCAUUGUUUUCUACAUCAUCCUGAUGGUGCACAUGGUCGGUGGAGCUCUGAAGUAUCAGACCAACAUAGAGACCCACCCCCCCGGCUGUUUGAGAGCCAAUCACAGCAGCCCGGAGCAGCAGGACGAAGAUCUGGUCCAGGCUGAAGAUGAGGGGAGCAGAUGCAGAGAGGAUGCUCACUUUGAGCCACAUUCCCCUCAGACUUGGCUGUGGGUGUCCGGUCCACUCUGUCUCUACUGUGUGGAGCGUUUGUACCGCUACGUCCAGAGCAGUGACCCUGUUGACAUAGUAACAGUGAUCAGGCAUCCCUGUAAUGUUAUUGAGCUGCGCAUGCUGAAGAAGAACUUCAAAGCACAGCCGGGACAGUAUGUUGUUCUUAACUGUCCAGGUGUGUCUUCAUUUGAGAACCACCCCUUCACGCUGACGAAGAGCGCUUCACACAGCUGCUACUUCCUCCACCGAGGACAGAUGUGGAGAUCCUUCCCGUGGUCCAACAGAGGAGUUAUCCCAAGGUUUAUGUCGAUGGUCCGUUUGGAGGCCCGUCAGAGGAUGUCUUUAACUAUGACGUCAGUUUGUGUGUCGCUGGAGGAAUAGGAGUCACGCCGUUCGCCUGUGUGCUGCACGCUCUUCUCGAUGGCUGGAGGGGGUUCAGGUUGCAGAGGCUGUACUUUGUUUGGGUCUGCAGGGAGAUUCAGUCUUUCUACUGGUUUGCGGAGCUGCUGAGUGCCCUGCAUCAAAAGCUUUGGCAGGAGAACAGACCUGACUACUUUAAUCUGAAGCUGUAUGUCAGUUGCACAAACAGCUUGCAGAGCAUGUCCGAGGAGCGGUACCAUCUGCUCGCGUCCCGGCUGCAGGUCGGUCGGCCCAGGUGGAAGUUGCUUCUUGACGAGAUUGGAAAGAGCAAUAAACAGAAUCGAGUUGGCGUGUUCUGCUGUGGACCCAAAGGCAUCUCCAGAACCCUCCACAGGUUGUGUAACUCGGCCCGAUCCGGCGGAACCACCUUUGAGUUCAACAAGGAGUCGUUCAGCUAAUUCAGCGUUGCAGCUGGGUGGAUUGGACGAACAAGUUUUUAUUCGUUUUAGGACAAAAGCUUUUUUCAGACGAAGUACGUUCCUGGAUGUUUGGCUGUCACGUGGCUCAUGGCAUUAAUGAAACUGACCGAAGGGCUUUACUUGCUGCGCGAUCAUCCUGACGUCCAGCUGAGGGCUUCGGCUGCUGCAGCCUCAUCACGUGAUUGUGUGAGCAGAUGAGGGAGACUGAAGACUGCGGCUCCCUGCUCAAUGCUGUGUUGUUUUUUUCCUCCUCCAAGCAUCGGUGCUACCCUCUUUUGUUUCCUCAUGCUGGAUUUUAACAAGAGGGAAGGAAAAAAAAAAAGGUCCAACUCCACCAGCCAGACUCCAACAAACACAGCUGGAGGAAAUCCGUCUUCUCCAGGGUUCGAGCAUCACUCAGUGCAACCACUCAGGGAUGAGACAGCAAACUGAAACACUAAAGCCAGCACAAAAUAAGACUUUAAUAUCAAAUUUCUUCUCCGGGCUAACUGGAGGUCAUCAAAGGCAAUAGUUAUGAAGCCCAGACACUUUGUUCUUGAAGAGCUCCUUAAAUGUUUUCCAGGAGGUGGUGUGGAGGAGAUGAUGAGAGAGAUUAGCUGAUGCCAAAGAGUGCACGAGAGCAACUGAGAGGGCAGCUGUAGAUGUAGCAACCCAAUGCCAGGUUAGUGCCAGUCAACUGAAAAACUUUUUUAUUUUUUUUUAUUUUUUUACUCCAAAUCAACACUUAAAAAGUUAUUUUCUUACAUUUAUUUCCAAGUGCAUCAUAGCCAGUUCCCUUGCAGGAUUUACUUUGUUGGACUUUUUUUUUUAUAGAUUGUUGGAUUUACAUCACUAACUUACACAACUUCCACUCAACUGACCGUCACAUUUAUUUUUAAAGAAAAUGCGAAACUCAUUUGAGUGUUGACGUAACUUGGUUAAGCAAAUCCAUCUGUUUAAUGAGUGUAACUUGAAACACCCAUAUGAAGAUUAUUGGAAUACCAGAUAUAUUAAGUGAAAUGCACACUGGCAGUACAUCUCGUCUUAAUUAAAUAUAAACAAUAAAAUACGGUACACUGUUUAUUUUAGUCAGGCAAUAUUUAGAAAACUGGGGUCAUGACCUAAUGCUGAUCUGCCCACUGUUUUUGUGAGAUUUAUUCAGUUUCAAAUUUUGCACAGUGUGGAUUUUUAUACUAGAUUUAACUUCAAAAUACUACUGGAAUUGGUCCUGAUUUGAGUCCUCUUUAAUUCAACAAAGCUGGGAUGUUCUGUCAAAUGUUUCAUUCUUUUAUAAAAAUAAAUGUAACUCAGGCUCUUCUUUUCCUAACAGGGUUCAUAUAAUGCACAUCAUUUUAAUUGUUUAUCAGGUUUGCAGUAAACAAACUUACAGAUUUAGCGUUUAAAAUAAACAUGCAUCUAAGUCAGGAUCAACCUCUUUGGUAAUCUGCAAAAUAUUUAAAUCAAUAUAUUUCUGUAUAACUAAAGAAUUAAAGUAUUGAGAGCAAAGAUAAGCUUCUAGACUGUUGCAAAUAAUUGAAAAAAUAAGUGGUGUAGCUUUUGUAAAAUACAUGAACAUGUUGUAUGUUUAAUUUCAGAUUUGUUUUUAAGAACAAAGCAAAUAAAAUAGAUAUUAUAUUUAUUGUAUCCUAAUUAUACUUUUUACAUUUUAUUUUUGAGAUCAACUCAGUGUUGGACAGCUUUAAGAUCUACAAACUAAACUUUACUUAUUGCCAAAAAGUCUCCUGUUUGUUAAUUUAAACCACAGAUAGUAGCUAAAAGGAAAAAUGUCUGCUUGCCUGCUAAAUCAUUGUUACCAAAGAAUAAAGACGUUUCAUCUACAGAUUUCUGCUGCUUUACAGAAAAGCUGUUUUAUAAGAAACCUGUUCGAUCAUCUUCUGCAGCGUCUUUAUAGAAAAAGAAAAUCAAAAUCAAUUUGAUUCAUCUUUGGCUUUAAUGCAGCACAAACACAUGAUUCAUUCUGUUACCAUGUGAGGAAAACCUUUUACAGAUCAGAGUUGAGUACUCGUUGGCACCGCUGAAACACACUGAAGUGUGUUUUUAGAUUUUGUUGGAGUUCUUGUUAAUCACAGAGACAAGAUGAUCUUUGGUUCUGCCAAGGCUUUGUGACUUUGUAACGCCACUGAGAUGUUUGAAAUGUUUGAACAGAAUUACACCUGAAAAAGCAUUGAUGUCAGCCACAGUUUAUCCAAAGGGCAGAACAUUUAUUUCACAUUUUCUUUUGUGUUUCAUUGUUUGGCUUAUUGUACAUCUGACUUAUUUUGUAUUAAGCAAAAAAA